AGAUUGAGCUUUCCGCCGUGUAGAUAUCCAUGGAGAAGGCAAAUAAUGUAUUGUCUCCUCGUCAGCUUCACUGGAUUCUCAAUCGGACGAGAUGAAUUCGGCCAUAACUUUGCUAUUCAUAUAUUUUAUUUUCGCUAAGUGACUAAGGGGAGACUUUCGCCAAGCAUGACCCCACUAUUCUAACCGAAUAAGGACUAAGCGCACGGCGUUCUGGUGAGGCUGAUUUCCAGAGCGGCCCCCACGAGACCUCGAGGCUGUGGUGUUGUCCAUCCGAUCGUCGAGACAAUGGACAAUCACUCCGUUGCCUGGCGCUCUGGUGGUACUUUCUCUUACCAUAGCUUGAUUUACGCUUUGUUGGGCAUUCUGCUUCCGAAUGAUCUCCAAUGUCGUUCGGUUUCUCCAUCGGAGACUUCCUCGCCUUGACCCAGCUGGCUUCCAAUGUGGUAUCAGGCGCCCGCAGAGCCUGUGGAGCUCACAAUGAGCUCACACGAGAAGUAAAUAGUCUCCACAUCGUGCUACGGCAGCUCUCCCGCGAGGUUUCGAAACCAAAGUCGAUUCUCAACUCCGAAAAUGCUGAACGAAAAGCAGAGCUUGCAACGCUCGUCGAACACUGCCACAAAGUCUUGAAGGUCCUGGACGAUAUAUUGAAGAAGUACAACGGGUUACCGGACGAAAAGAGGAGGGUUACAAAGCUCUGGAAGAGAGUGCAAUUUGGCAAUGGGGAGAUGCAAGACUUAAGCAAAAUCAGGCUGGAACUGUCAACACACACGAAUAUCAUCACAAUGUUUCUCAACUUGUCUGCUGCCGGGUCACUGGGAAAGGUCGAAGAGCAUAUGAAUAGCCAUGGGGAAGAGCUCAAGGCUAAAGAAUUCCGCCGAGAACUGGUCAAGGAGGGCUACUCAAGUACUGUACUCAGCAAGUACAAGACUCUCAUCAGAGGCUAUGUCAAAGAGCUUGGUGAUCGUGGAGCUUUGGAUGAACUGUCCCUGGAAGAUAUCGAAGAGGAUACCAGCGACAAUGCUCCAGACAUUUUUCAUGAAAAUCUGGUCUCGGAAGAGAGGAAAGCUAGCCCGCAGGAAGAGUCAACCGCAGACUCUACAGACUCUACACUAGCAGUACACAACGAGGUUCUUGUUGACGAUGCGGUGCAGCAUUCGUGGGUAGAGAUUAGAAAAUCAUACACGCCCUCAACGGACGAAGAAGUUACCGAGCCCUACGAUAGAGCACCCAGUCAGCAGACUCACGAUCCAUAUGUCGAGGGCGAGCGUUCGGAUGAUGACAAGCCGUUCUCGUCGUGGAGCUCAUCUUGGGUGACGAAAACGGGAAAUAAGGAAGGCGAGUCUGACGCCACUACCAACAAAUCGAUUGAUCUUGGCGGAAUUGGAGCACUCAGGACUGCAACAACAGCUCCUGGAUCACCUGUUUUCAUUACCGACAAUUCAAAAGGUCCUGGGACUGGCGUUCAUAUUUGGGACUCAGCAUUACCAUUUCCACCAACCUCUUUGGCUCCGUCCCACGAAUUAAAUUUGAUUUCGCUUGUUCUUGACACGUCUAUUAUACCACUUUGCCAACAAUUUGCAAGGAGUCAAGACACGGAUUCGCGUAGACAGCAUCGACGGCGGCUCUCGAAUUUGAGGGCAUUAAUCAGGAAACUAGUAUUGCGCAGACUUGAUGCUGUCGACUCCCUUGUUUCUGUGACUGGCGAGUACGUCUACCAAUCUCGAAAUUCGGAAGCUGUAUUGAAGAAAAGAAACUUGUUACAGCGGACCGAAGCUGUGCUUGAAAACUUACACAACCUAUAUCACAAGGGAGUAUACAUGGACUUCUCCUUGUAUUUGAGCCAUAAUUAUCUAGCGUCAUCAAGGCCAGAAGACCGAGACUACGGCACAACAUAUCCGUCUCGUGAACGCGAAAACACACCUUCGCGAGAUCCGCCAAAAGAUUCAACUCAUUGGUCGCCUGUACUAGCACCAAACACGUCACAAAAUAAUCUUCGCCAGCAUGAGGUCUCGUUUUAG